CUGCAUCAUUAGCAUUAGAACUAAUCGCUCAUUGUCAGCAAUCAUUCGGUUAACUGACGCCGUCAUUAUACCUAUAUGUUGAUAAUUAACAUUAAGAUUGUCAUUAUCACUCAUGUUGUGGCGGCGGCGACGCAGCUGGUCGUACCUGACGCACGACUCGGCCAGGUCGAGAGCGUACAGGUGGGGCGAGGACGGCCUGGCCGGCCUCUGUGACCGCCAGGCCCGACUGUGCCUCAGUCUGGCCCUGUGGAACACCAGGGAUCCCAUCCUCAAGGAGCGCCUCUUUGGUCUCACAGGCCCUCAGGGUAACCACGGGGAGGAUGUGAAGGAGCUGUACUACUACCUGGACUCCACGCCCACCCACUCCUACAUGAAGUACCUGUACAAGUACCCGCACCUCGCCUACCCGUACUCUGACCUCGUCCACACCAACACCGCCCGCACCGUCCACCACCCCGAGUACGAGCUCCAGGAUACGGGGGUGGUGACCGAGGGGUACUGGGACGUGGUUGUGCACUACGCCAAGGCCAGCCCCAACAACCUCCUGAUGGAGACCACAGUGACCAACCGCAGCCCCAACACGGAGACCAUCCACGUCCUGCCCACACUGUGGUACCGCAACACAUGGAUAUGGGGCUGCACACACGAGGGCUGCGGCCUCAAGCCAAAGCUGGAAGCUGUGGGCGGCGUGGGCGGCGUGGGCGGCGUGGCCGGCGUGGGCGGCGUGGGCGGCGUGGCCGGCAUCAACCUAGUGCGUGGGCGGCACGAGUCUCUCGGAGAGUACAUGUGGGCAGUGGACCAGAGCACGACAGAAGCGCCACUGCUCUUCACUGAGAACGAAACCAACACCCAGAGACUGUUUGGUGUGGACAGCUACACCCCCUACGUCAAGGACGCCUUCCACCGCUACGUCAUUAAUG